AUGCUCUCCAAGGCGAGGCAUUUCGCCCGGUGGAAACCAAUACCGCCGCCGCCCACCCACGCAAGAAGGCUAUCGCCGCGGCCACCGCGCCGGCCCUCGUCGGCCGCGACUGAGCCCGAGGCCGAGGCCGACCAGGAUGCAGGCGCCACCACCGCCGCCGCCGCCGCUUCGGCCGAGCAGAUCGGCUCGGCCGCACGCGGGGUGUUCGACGGAAUGCGGCGCCGGGCCGCGCUGUCCUGGAACGCCACGGUAGCGGCCCACGCGAGGCGCGGGCGCGUCCGCGACGCGCUCGGGACGGCCGCGCGGAUGCACCGCUCCGCGGCGGGGCUCGACGAGGCCACCUACGCGUCGGCGCUCGGCGCCUGCGCCCGCGGGCGCUGCCUCCGCAUGGGGUGGCAGGUGCACUGCCAGGUGGUGAAGUCCGGGUCCGACGACUUCCCGGUCGUCGGGGCAUCUCUUCUCGACUUCUACUCCUCGUGCCUUGAUCUCGAUGCGGCACGGACGCUCUUCGACACCCUUCAUGCCAACAACGAGCUGCUGUGGAGCCCCAUGGUCGUCGCGCUUGUCAGGUUCAACUUGCUGAGUGACGCCCUGGAUUUGCUUCAGCGGAUGCCACCAUCUCGUGAUUUGUUUGCGUGGACCGCCAUCAUCUCGGGCUACGCGCGGGGCGCUAACGAGUACUGUUGCAAGUCACUGGAGCUGUUUGUGCAGCUGCUGGCUGAGGAUGGUGUCAUGCCCAAUGAGUUCACUUAUGACAGUGUUUUGAGGGCUUGUGUGAAGAUGGGAGCAUUGGAAUUUGGGCGAUCGAUUCACGGAUGCUUGAUCCAAAGUGGGUUUGAGUCGGAGCAGUUAAUCACGAGCGCUCUUGUCGAUCUUUACUGUAGGUCUGGUGCUGUGGAUGAUGCUGUGAUGGUUUACAAUGGCUUGCAAAUGCCAUCCCUGAUAACAUCCAAUACACUCAUUGCAGGGUUUAUAUCAAUGGGCAGGACAGAGGAUGCUAAGUUGGUUUUUUCGCAGAUGACAGAGCAUGAUUCAGGUUCCUAUAAUCUGAUGAUAAAAGCGUACGCUGAUGAGGGAAGGCUUGAAGACUGUCGGCGGAUGUUUGAGAUGAUGCCUCGGAGAAAUAUGGUUACCUUGAACUCCAUGAUGUCAGUGCUUCUCCAGAAUGGGAAAUUGGAGGAGGGGCGGAAGUUGUUCGAACAGAUAAAGGAUGAAAGGAACACGGUAACAUGGAACUCUAUGAUUUCAGGUUAUGUUCAAAAUGAUCAGUCUUCAGAAGCUCUAAAACUGUUUGCGGUCAUGUGCCGAUUGUCUAUUGAAUGCAGUGCUUCAACGUUUCCUGCUCUACUGCAUGCAUGUGCCACAAUUGGUACCAUCGAGCAAGGCAAAAUGGUUCAUGCUCUCCUAUGCAAGACUCCAUUUGAGUCCAAUGGCUAUGUUGGGACAGCUCUAGUUGAUAUGUAUUCAAAAUGCGGCUGUGUGAGCGAUGCACGGGCUGCAUUUAGUUGCAUUAUGUCACCCAAUGUUGCUUCUUGGACAUCACUCAUCAAUGGGCUUGCACAAAACGGCCAUUGGAUGGAAGCUAUAGUACAAUUUGCAAGGAUGCUGAAGAACAAUGUUAAACCCAAUGAGAUCACCUUUUUGGGCAUCCUGAUGGCUAGUGCUCGCGCUGGUUUGGUUAACAAGGGGAUGAGAUUUUUCCACUCUAUGGAAAGCUAUGGAGUAGUUCCAACUGUGGAGCAUUAUACGUGUGCAGUUGAUCUUCUUGGUCGAGCUAGACGUGUAAGGGAAGCGGAGAAGUUCAUCUCCAAAAUGCCUAUACCAGCAGAUGGUGUGGUGUGGGGAGCCCUUCUUACUGCCUGUUGGUACACAAUGGACUUGGAGAUGGGUGAGAAAGUUGCUGAAAAGCUGUUCUACAUGGGCACGAAGCACAUAUCUGCCUAUGUCGCUAUGUCAAACAUCUAUGCUAAGCUGGGGAAAUGGGAAGAUGUUGUGAAGAUCAUCCCAGAAUAA